UCCGGAGCAACUUCGCUUCAAAGCAAAGACUAACUCUGUUUUCUUCACCAACCAAAAGCCACAAGAACCGAGCGAAGCUCGCUUCCCGCGACCAGAUGCUCCAUUUCUUCCUCGCAGUCCUUCACGGUUAGAGAUGAUGGGUCGCCGUGUCGGGUCAGCUUAUGUUGUUCUUUAUGUUCUUGUUUGUCAACUGUUCGUGUCGAAUUUGGGUGACUAUGUGUCGGGCUCGGAGUCGGGCGAGUACGCGUCGGCAAUAGGAGACCCGGGAAUGAGGAACCCAAAUGUGAGAGUUGCGUUGGAAGCUUGGAACUUCUGCAAUGAAGUUGGAAGUGAAGCGCCCGGCAUGGGCAGCCCCAGGCUCGCUGAUUGUGCUGAUAUCCAUUGUCCCACUGUUACUACUACUGAACCUAUGGAUCGGACCCCUCAUGAUGUGGAGAGUAAGUGUGUACUUCAUCACAGAGUUAAUGAAUCAGACAACAACUUAAGGGCUGGCGAUAUGUUUCCCUUAAGGGAUUUUAAGUCAUACACAGACCCUGACUUGUAUGCAACGGAAAAGGAACUGUAUCUUGCUUCUUUAUGCGAGGUUCAUAAUUCAUCGGAUCCAUGGCAGUUUUGGAUGGUCAUGCUUAAGAAUGGAAAUUUUGACAAGAACACUACUCUUUGUCCUGAAAAUGGCAAGCACUUAAGCAAAAUUGUAACAGAUAGGAACUUUCCAUGUUUCGGUGAAGGUUGCAUGAACCAGCCACUCGUGUACCAUAACUACUCAAGAUUGGUUUCUGACGGUUACCAAAAAUUGUCUGUGACUGGAGGAUUUUAUGGAACGUAUGAUCUUGAUGCUGAUUUGACCAAAGGUAUAGGAAAGAACUCCUACUUUUCGGUCUCCUGGCAGAAAAACUUGAGCACAGGAAGUUGGAUUUUCUCGCAGAGGUUGACAACAUCUUCAAAGUAUCCCUGGCUUAUGUUGUAUCUGCGUGCAGAUGCAACAAAAGGAUAUAAUGGUGGUUACCACUACGAUGGUCGUGGCGUCAUGAGAAAGCUGCCAGUGUCUCCACAUUUUAAAGUACGAUUAACACUUGAUGUUAAACGUGGAGGGGGGCGAAACAGUCAGUUUUAUAUGCCUGAUAUAGGAAGCUGUUGGAAGAAUAAUGGAAAACCAUGUGAUGGUAAUGUUCUGACAGAUGUAACUAGAUAUAGUGAAAUGAUAAUAAAUCCAGAAACUACAAGCUGGUGUCGGCCAGAUAACCUUGUCUCCUGCCCGCCUUACCAUGUUACUGUUAGCGGUGACAUUAUAUACAGAAAUGAAACAUCUCGGUUUCCAUAUUCUGCUUACCAUCUCUACUGCGUUCCUGGGAAUGCUGAAUAUCUGGAGAAACCAUAUGAUAUAUGUGACCCAUAUAGCAAUCCACAAGCACAGGAAUUGGUGCAAAUUCUUCCGCAUCCGGAAUGGGCUGUACAUGGCUAUCCUGGAAAGAAAGGAAAUGGAUGGGUUGGCGACCCCAGGACAUGGGAGCUUGAUGUGGGUGCCCUCUCUAGCCGGUUGUACUUCUACCAGGACCCAGGAACAAAACCAGCAGAGAGGGUAUGGUCUUCGAUUAAUGUUGGUACAGAAAUAUACGUCAGUAACUCGGGAGAGACUGCGGAAUGGACUGUUGUUGCCUAAAGUGAAAAAUUCAUUGCCAUAGGGUAUUCACAAAGACUCGCAGCCUUUGCCUAAAAGCAUUCACAAUUUGUGGAAUUUCAUUCGUCUCUAAUCGUCUUGGAGGUGUGAAAUCAGCAACGUCACCGCCAUUAGACAGUAGCUGGGGGUCAGUGACUUGUCAGUGCAAGAGAUCGGAGCUUGCCCAUUUGGCUAGAAACCUGUAAGCAGAGAGGUGGGAAAGAAUCACAACCUGAACACAAUACAUUACGUGAGAUCAUUGAAGGUGAAUGGCAAGGAGAAACGCACCGCUAUUUGAAACCCUCCCGGCAUGCCAAAAUCUAACAGAAGAAAACACCGCCCUUAGCGUGAACAGCAUCAACAACAUGUUUCCAUUGGUAAAGGAAUAUUCGAGUCCCUAAUAGAAUAUUGUUUGUAAUAAAAAGUUAUUAUAGUAUGAUCCCUAAAUGUAGGGACUAAUAUUAAAUAUUAUUGUUCAUUUUGUUGGAGUAUUGUGACGAUAUUCAAGAAUUAGAAAAAAAAAAAAAAAAA